AAAAUGUUACCCUUUUUUCUGUAGCUUCAUUUUCCCUUCUUAUUAUUGUUUUCUUCCUAAAUUUUGUCACACAAUAUAUUUUUAAAGUGUACUUAAUACUGUGACAUUUUUUAAUUUUUAUUAGCUCCACCCACCCCUUUUCAGAGGGUAUAUAUAGAUGGGCUCAUGCUCUUACCUUGUAAUGUUCAAAACAGUACUAGUCAAGAAAAACAGAGCAAAAACAGAGAGAAAAAAUAUUAUGGAUUCUUCCAUCUUCUUCUCCAUGAUUUCUGACCAUUCUUCUUCUUCUUCUUCCAAUUCAUCAUUUGAUUCGUUUGAUUCAAUGGAUUCCUUCCAAUUCAACACCCAAAUGCUCUGCAAUUCACUCCCUUUCAACGAAAACGACUCCGAAGAAAUGCUUCUCUACGGCAUCUUAACAGAGCAACAACAACAACAAUCCUCUGAAGAUCAAUCGAAUGCUUCUGAUGAUCAGAGAAUCAAGGUGGAAGACGAGGUGAGUUCGGAAUUAGGCCGAAAACCCAACAAGGAGAAGGCGUUUCGCGGCGUGAGGCGGCGGCCGUGGGGCAAAUUCGCGGCGGAGAUAAGGGAUUCGACCCGGAAUGGAAUCCGGGUAUGGUUAGGGACAUUUGACAGUGCGGAAGCUGCGGCCAUGGCUUACGAUCAGGCGGCUUUCUCGAUGCGGGGGCCGUCGGCGAUAUUGAAUUUUCCGGUGGAAAGAGUUCGGGAAUCGCUGAGCGAAAUGAAGGGGACAUUGAAGUUUGAGGAUGGAUGCUCCCCUGUUAUUGCAUUGAAGAGGAAGCAUUCCAUGAGGAGGAGGAGAAACGUGAGCAAAAAUGUUACAGAAAGAAGAGAAGUUAAGGUAGAGAAUAUAGUUGUUUUUGAGGAUUUGGGGAAUGAUUACUUGGAAGAACUUUUAAGAAGUACAAGUUCUUGAGCAUCAAUCAUCAUCCUCAACUAGCUAGUUCUUUUUUUUCUUUUUCUUUUUUUGAAAUUUGUAUUUCACAAUGUGAUCUUUCUUUCUUUUGGUUUUCUAGUUUUGGUUUCCUUAAUCUUGUGAUAAUUGUGUAAAAUAGGAAAUAUGUUUCUUCUUCUUUGAUUCAACAUAUUUUCAGAUUUUUCAAUAAGAAAUCAAAGUGGUGUUGACACUUCCAGAAGC